AUGCCGGGCCACUGUGAGAGGCUGAGGUUACCAUCGCUGGGUACAGAGAGCACCAGUAGUGGAGCCAGCUGUGCAGCCAGUAAGGAACAUCGCAGAGUCGUCGUCAUGGGCUCAGCAAGGGUAGGCAAGAGCUCGAUCAUCUCACAGUUCCUCUACGACAGGUUCCUCACCCGCUAUCGAGAAACAGUUGAAGAACUUCACAGAGGAGAGUACGAGCUCCAGGACGGAGCCUGUUUGACCCUGGACAUCCUGGACACCUCAGGCGCCUACCAGUUCCCCGCCAUGAGGGCGCUCUCCGUCAACACAGCUGACGCCUUCAUCCUGGUGUACUCCGUCGACGACGAGGACAGCUGGGAGGAGGUCAAGAAACUCAAAGACCAGAUCGUGGAGCGAAGAGGACCCAUGGUGCCCAUCGUGGUGGUCGGGAACAAGUCGGAGCUGGCUGACAGGGUGAUCUCCCGUGAGCAGGCGGAAGCUGUGGCAGUGUACGACUGGGAGUGUGGUUAUGUAGAAUGCUCAGCCAAGGAGAAUCAGAACAUCGUCCAGGUCUUCAAGGAGCUCCUGGUACAAGCCAAGAUUCACUACAAUCUCAGCCCCGCUGUGAAAAGGAGGAGACAAUCGCUUCCCAAUUACGUUGGCAACAACGGUUCCAACUCGGCCAAAAGUAAAUACAUGCUCAAACGCAACUCAUGCUCGGUGGCCUAACCAACUCAUCCUUUCCCAGAUGUAUAUACAUGUAGUAUAUGGUUAACAUAAGUAUUUUAUAUAAUGUUCAAUGUUUUGUUGUGGAAAACCAUUUGUAUGUGCAGUUCCAAAUAUUUUCGGUUUGUAAAACCCGUAAAUAAAUGUAAAUUUAGCUGUUUUGGUAUACACAAAGAGUGACAUUUUUAGCUGAUAUAUUCAUAAAUCGAAAAAUGUGUUUUACGCUUGUUAGCUUUAAAUAUUUGAUACGCUGUUGAGGAUUUUAAAUCGUUACGGAGGUGUUUGUGCAAUAGUUUGCGGUUGACAAAUUUAUUAUUAUAAAAUAUAACAACAUUAAAUAAGAAACUGGCUUUGUAUAUGUAACAACAGUGGAUUUUGUAAGUGGCUGUGAUUGAGGAAUGUAUUUUUAUAGAUUGUAAUAGUUGUUUAAAUGGCCCAUUAAACUAUAUAGAAGUGGAAAUCAUAGAUCAAUCAAGUUCAAGUUUAGGUUGUUUUUCCAAAUAUAUGCCACACAAUUGUUGUUUAGCUUGUUUUCUCUCAACAUGAUUAUUUAAUUGAAAGCCUAUUUUGAGUUGAUAUUUUAACAUUGACAGGAAUUUUGAAAAAAAAAACACUUUUAUAGUCAAGGUAUUUUGCUCGUAAGAAUCUUGGUUUGUUUUGUUGUCUUUUCUUACUUGAAUAAUCCGGAAAGCCAAUAAUGAGGACAGAAAUAAUACUUUCAAAGUUCUGAAAUGAUAAGAUUUAGAAGCAAGUUACUUCCUAAAAAUCUACAAUACAGUAGUAUUGGAGUUUGAUGAUUGUGAUUAACGAUUUUGUCAAUUACACGGUGUAAUGAAAAGCACUGUAAUCAAAGGCGUUUUAAACAAUGCUUGAAAUGAAUGCAUAACUACCCAAAGUUGUUUAAUUUAGUUAAUUAACCAUUAUACAGUAUUUACGAGAGCAUUGUGUUUUAAAAGUUGGAUCCAUUAUGUUUAUAAAGCAUUUAUUCGGUCCCGAAAUCGAAGAUUUUAUGUCUAUCUAUGAGAUUUAAAUAUAUACUUUUUUAUAAAUACUACCCACGAGUUCGUUUGAUUUGGGAUCUAAAGAUUCUGUAUGGACAAUGAAAUACUUGAAUUUCUUCAUGCUAUUGCUCAAAAAUUAGUUUUACAUAAGUAACUUCAGAUAACUUCAGAAUCAACACACGACUAAAACGCUCCAAACCAUGCUUGGAAUGAAACUUCAAAGUUCGACAUGGCAGUGAUGAAAAUUAUUUUACUAUUAUCCUUAAAACAGGUACUUGUUAAGUCAAUUCUAAAGGAAAACUUUGGAACUUUUCACUAUGUAUUCUAGAACAUAUUAUUCUUCAUACUCUACCUAAGUAGUUGAGAAGUUCAAACUAUUAAACAAUAUAUAUGCAAACCCCUAAAUUUAUGGCUUUAUCAAUUCAACAAAAUAUUACGAAAAACAACAACAAGAUGUACUUUUAUAAAUAUUUAUCCUGUUCAAAUGCCAAAGGGUUGUCAAGCAUCCCACCUAAUAAAAACUAUUUUCAAACAAAUUUGAAUUUGAAUGAAUGUUAGGAUUCUAACCAAAGCAAGACUUGUAAUCAAUUUUACUGUUAACUGCAAAAUCAAUCGUAAUUUAUUACAAAUGUAGCUAUAAAUGUAAAGUUUCUUUCUCAAUGUACAACGUAGACACCAAUGAUGUUGAUAAUAUAUUUAAUGUAACAACCAUAAUUUAGUAUCAAUGUGUUACCUAAGAAUGGACUAUUUGGACGAUGACUCGUUUUCUCAUUAACCUUAAUGAUAAAAUAAGUUGUCUUCAAAUAAUCCAUACAUUGUUCUGUUUCAUGUUCAUUUUCGUCAGCUCUGUAUUCUUCUGGGAUUAAGACAAUCUACUACAGCUAAUUAUUUUGGUCUUUUUCUGAUUAUUCAUCACUAAUUUUAUACUUUAAGCGAAAUGCUCAUACAGUAUAAGGAAUAAGCUACAGUAUUACCUUAGGUCUCAAGGCAGGACCUGGACCCGGGACCGAUUUAUUUUGUUCGUUUAGAGGUCCCCAGAAGGCCAAAAAUACCUUUCGCUAAAAUA